UGCUGCUGCCGUGGGAACCGGAUCCGGCCUCCGCCGUGGGCGCGCGGGGCUUCGCUCGGCUCGCGGGCGCCAUGAAGAGCCUGCCGUAUUUCUGCCGCGGCGAGGUGGUGCGCGGCUUCGGCCGGGGCUCCAAGGAGCUGGGCAUCCCCACAGCUAACUUUUCUGAGGAAGUGGUUGAUAGCUUCCCAUCUGAUAUCUCUACUGGCAUAUACUAUGGCUGGGCCUGUGUUGGAAAUGGAGAUGUGCAUAAAAUGGUUGCAAGCAUAGGCUGGAAUCCAUAUUACAAGAAUGUUAAGAAAUCAGUGGAAACACACAUCAUUCACACCUUCGCAGGAGACUUCUAUGGAGAAAUACUUAGCAUAAUUAUUGUUGGAUACAUAAGACCAGAAAAAAACUUCAGUUCUUUAGAUGCACUAAUAGCAGCUAUUCAAGAUGACAUUGAAGAAGCUAAGAAAAAACUAGACUUGCCAGAACACCAGAAAUUAAAAGAAGACAACUUCUUCCACACUGCUACUGUUAGCAACAUAUCUAAUGGUCAUUGAGUGAUGCCACUCCUUAAUUUUCACUGUAUAUUGCACUAAUUUUAGUGGCUGUCCUUUAGAUAAAAAAAUCUGUAACCAGUA